CCCCUGCGUGCCUCAGAAAUAUCACCCAUGACAUCGGCAAAACAGCAGCUCCCUACUCUGCGAAAAAAAAACGGAACGGGUGACAGGCAGUUAUUCACCCACUUGCUCCAUCGAUUCUCCACGCUACAUUCCGGUUUGGCCUGUCAGGCAGAAUGUAAAACAUCCCCUUCAUCUUGCUUUUCUGUUAGGAAACACAUCUGCUAGCGAGGCAUAUUUUUCAUGGUACGCACCAGUGAAGCGGUUUUUGACCCUGGCGCCUACAGUGUCUGUCUGGCCGACACGCUACCGUCUUUUACAAGCAUACUUGUCUGUAAACCGGAAUUGUUUCCCCUUGUUCAUGUGACCAGCCGAGUACGCUGCGCACAUUCUUUAACGUGCGACAGUGCUGAACGUACAGGCAAAAAAUUUAUUCCUACUGGAUAGUCAGUGUUCGCAUGCCGGUAUUACGUCGGGUUUCGUGGUGUUAUGAUUGGUACCACCACUGUCAGGCUCCCGACGAUCCCUCACAGUUGACCAUCAGUCACGCUCGUCAGGCGGGGAGGGGGAUCCAGUGGUCAUCUUUCCCCCCCUAGUGAAUGGUUUGGGGAGUGGUUCGUGUAGCCUGUAGCAGCUUUUCCCUCCCCGCACAAGAUUGUGCUAGGGUGAUCCCGGACACGUGACGGCCUGGUCCACUGAGCCAUGCGAAGACGGUUGUACUGUUUUCUUGCAGUCAUGAGUGGUUUUGUGGACGGUGUUGUAGUGGUGUCCCAACCGGCAGGUCAGUUCCUUCGUCUUCUGUGCACUUUUAGGCACUUUAUGCGGACCGUUCGCCACUGAAGACAACUUUCUGUGGAAAGCCGGGAAGCUCUCGCCGGGGUGCGUUUCUGUGGCACAGCCCCAUCUUACAGACUUACGAAUGGCUACUGUGUAUUAUCUAGUAGGGAUACAGACAAUACUCUCAGUGAUGUCUCUUGUGACCGUAGCAGGCAGCCGCUGCAGUGGUACGAAGUGCAGCUAAAAAGAGCCAAGCCUCUCCGUGCUCCACAGUGUGCAACACGUAAUUCUAUGGUGUGCGCGACAGGCGUUAUCCGAGGUGAGCUCUCGUGCUUCCAGCCCGAACGACCCGUCGCGUCUCGUUUCGACCCACGUAAUAGCAUUGACAUGAGUUCUAUGUACGCAUAGAUGAUUUUUUCCAGGAAUCCAAGGGUUUGGGACUGAUUGCAAGAUUUGUGAAUUCUUCCGUCUUCUUCAAGAGCGUCUCUGGUUGCUGUCGCAUUUCCCUUGGGAUAGGUGGCCUCUCGACAUUUUUUGGUGUUUAUUUAGUUUGGGGAUCUGGCCGCGGAGCGAUGUUUUGGUGUACCGGAUCAACUUCUAAUGCGUACGUACGUUAAGCGUACACGUUAAACUGUGACGAACAAGCUGAACGCUUAUGAAGCGCGAGUUCAUUUUUUAGACGUAGGGAAGCAUCGUAAUCACAAGGCAUCAUGGUCUUUUGCCCAUGUUUAAGUGGGACAAGCUUUAGACGGCUACGUUUGGUUGUAUAGGGAAAGGCAGUCGCGGCUCGAACAGAGUGUCCCGUGAAGACGACGGCUCACACUUGUGUAUAUCCGUGGUAUCAUUUUGAGUCGCGAGCUGGGCGUGAUUGUGGAUAUUCCAAUAGGGUAUGGUGGAAUAUUAAUUCACGUCGUGUGGAGUGGACACAAUUCGCCUGUCUUACUUUUGCAUUUGGGUCCGGUUUUUUCACAUUAGUAAGAGUGGGUCUGUACGCGGCAAGUGUCUUGCAAUUCCGGCAAAAGAUUGUCGGCUACAGAAUUUGGUGAUGCGUCGUUGUUUGCAUUAUUAGACUGCAGUGAGAUAGUCGACGUUUUGUAACACCGGCGUGUCUGAGCUGUCAGACAUCGGCGCAGUGGAAGAUCUACAUUUUCACGCCGAAGUUUUCUAUACAUGACAUUUGGUGUGCGCAAGCUGUUAGCAACACCCAGGUGCACAGUUUAUUCGUUUUGAUAGUUUGCAACACAUUCGUUUCAAGAAUCUAUUUGUUUUCCGAAUGGUGUCCGGGAACUUUAGACUUGUGAGCAGCGGGUGACGGUGGGACGGUGGACAACAGAUGUUCCGUUUCAUGCGUGAACCAAUAUAUCGUCGAGUACUCUUCUUCAUUUCACACAGUACCGACAGUACGCUGUUGAUGACGUCGUAGUUUUUCUCGUAAGAGCAAGCCAUCGUUUCCAAGCACAGGUAUGUCGAGUCCGGUUUGGUGCCAGGUUGAAUCAGGUGGACUCACAACUUUGCAUAUUUUUAUUGAUUGAGUACCAGUUUCUCGAGACUCGUUUUGCCGUUUUCCCACCUUUCGGGUAACCCAUCAUUUGCCAGAUGCAGCUUACUCGUGUAGCACGUCCUCGUUAACAAACACCGGUGUGAAAGAUCUAUGACUUACGAAAGUGUCCACUGUGCGCUGGACUUUUUUCCAUAUAACGCAUUAGCGCGGGAGUGUCUGUACUAUGGCGAAGAUCCAAGGUCACGGUCGAAUUUUGGAAGCUUUGCUUGCUUCAACUGAUUCCCCUGUUGCGGCAGCACAGUCGCUGUUAGAUUCCGCUGUGGCGGCGGGCAGGACAUACGAUGCAGUUUCUUCUGGUCGCAGUAUGCACUUGAGUGCCCCAUUUGAUCAAACGCCUGCGUCAGUGGUGAAAGCCGAUGACGAUGAUGGGUUAGCGUUCCUCGUGUCUCUGCUUGGUCUGGAUGGACAAGGAUCAGAAGGGGAGGAGAGGGCGAGCGGGGCGUCUGAAUUAGUCGGGAGAGAGGCUGUGGAAGCAUCGGUAUCCGGCGAUGGAGGAUUGGAACAUGGUACGGUGGGUGAAGAGAAUACUCUUAUUGAUUGUGGUGCUGCUGACGUGAUAGCGUCAGCAGCUGAGGUAACGCCGAAUAUGCCCUCAGGAGUCACGGUGGACUUCGGUUUUGAACAAGGUUUAGGCUGGUCCAUGGGCGACAGUCCGACAUACAGGAGAAACGAGCCCGUAGUGACAAACACGGGAGGAAGUGAUAGUGUUGAUGGAGUUGAUUGUGAUGAAAAGUUGUCGAGAGGUAAUGAAACUCAUUCGUUAAAAACGAGCGGUGGCAGUGGCUGUUCUUCAGGAAUGUGUAGGACGGACUUCUUGCGUACUGGUGGAGGGACGCAAGAAGAUGGAGGGUGCACAGUAGGGGAACGCCGAAGGCGCAGUGGGGCACAAAGCAUACAAGGGCGACAUGGUUCCGGUAAUCGCGGUGAUCAAACCGGUCUCCAAGGCUCAUCGAACAACGGCAACACCGCCUGCGGGGCUGGUUUUCUUCCAAGUGUUCUACUCAGUGACAGCGCGCUUGCUCUGCAGACAGCACUUGUUGCGUUGCUUCAGUUGCAGAAGCAGGAUGAGGAAGGAGUGAAACAAGAACCAGUUAUACCGAGGAGGAAUCUGAUGUGCACAGCUUUCCUCAAGACAGGUGCAUGUAACAACCCUGAGAGGUGCAACUAUGCCCAUAACAUGGUGGAGUUGCAGAAGAAGUUGGAACUCCGAAAGACUUCGCUGUGCAAAUAUUGGCUAAAGGGAAAGUGUGAGAACGAUGAUUGCAAUUUCGCACAUGGAGAACAUGAACUCCAGUCGACGGAAGGAGUGUACAAGACGACAAUAUGCAAAUACUGGAAGCAGGGCUCCUGCCACAGUGGCAGUAGUUGCCGGCAUGCACACGGUGAAGCGGAUUUGCGACCGGAGAAACUACCUCCGCAUCUGGAACGAAAGCGAAAUCACAAGAUGAAGCAACAGUGGAAGACGGGGAGCGGAAACGCACCAAUAGGACCAUCCCCGAGCGCCGCCGCUAGUGUCGGAGCUCGAGGGAAACAACAAUCGGCGCAUCAGGUUGCACCGAUUCGAAUGCCAUGCCGACAAGACUAUACAUUCGACUGCAACAGAAUUGAACAGUCUUUCGAGAAAACGAGCCUCAUGCUUCAAGGCAAGAGACGCCGCGGCGCAGACACUGCAUUCGGUUUGGACAGCGGCAACGAGUUUUUACAGAGAGGCUGUCGCAAUUGCCCAGAUGAAUUCAUGAGGAACAAUUAUUUGCCACCAGGGGAGCGGACGUACGAACCGAGUAUGGUGCGGGCAUCAGGUCAGACCGGUGUUAGCGAUAGGUUGGAGGGCUACCCGUCUAGUCGUGGAAGUGUGUUCAACGCAGGUGCAUCAGGCGUGAGACCAGGGCAGUACGAAGUACCCUGCGGGAGAGCGGUAUGGGGCAAUUUGACCGUGGGUGGAAGAGCUUCGGAUGAGAUCAGCGAUAUGUCUACCGCGUCGGCGACCAGCUCACGUUGGGGAGGAGCGGAUUGCCGUUCAUCUCUGCCAUCUUUUCAAGACUUCACCCGAGAGAAUAGUGGAGGAAGUGAGAGUCUCCUACGUUUCUCCAACAGCAGCAUUACUAGAGUCAGCAGCCUUGCAGAAGAAGAGUCUUGCCAUGGCACGACGUGGCGCCCAGGCGGUGUUGCGCCUGCAUCAGGCUUUUCCGACGUGUCGCCAGUGGCGGCGUCGCUCCCUUCGGUAGCACAUGCUCUAAAUGGUCCUUCCGGAGGGGGUGGUCUGAUUUUUGUGCCGCCACCUGGUCUGUCGUUGCACAACGACUUCGGUUGUUUUGCAGGAGGCAGAGGAACGUCACACACAGCGGCGGCACUUCAGAAUGAAGAAGAGACGGUAGUGGAUGCAUAUCCAGGGGAGUUAUCGUACUGUCGGUAUCCGUAUGUUAGUGACGCAGUACUGAGGACUUUAACCGACUCUGUAGCUGGACUGGCCGUUGAUGAAAAUAUGGCCGACAGGGAGAAAACGGUUAACGACUAUUUGUCAAGCGGGAUAGGAAGAGCGACCGUGUCGAGUCUUCGGGUAGACAAAAUUGAGGCCACGGGAGAAGACGUGUAUGGCCAUGUUGCCACCGGUACUUUGUCUCGGAAGAGUUCCUCGUCUCGAGUGGAUGAUGAUAAUCGGACAAAGAGUAAAGGAGAAGCUUCCGGUACUGGCGUCAGAAUUGUUUCCGUCACGCAGGUUUAGCAGCUAAGAAUUCCGUGGGUAGUAUGUGGUUUUCUGAACAUCAGAGGCAGGAGAGUGAUCAUAACAUUGAAGGGCAGCUGCAAUGUGGGGGAAGAAAACCUGUUCUUGUCCUUCCCAUAAAAGAGGUAGAGAAUCGAGACACCAAAAACUAUCGGUUUCUGUCAAGAGUCUUCAAAGGACUUACGCUUGCGUUUGUUCAAAGGCAAAAGCUACGUUGGAGAUCACGCAGGAGUGGGAGGUACGGUUUCGUGUUGUGAGAAGGACAAGCAAACAGUCGGCUGGUUUUGGGCGUGCCCGCGUAGGGGUGAUAUGAGGGGACGUAUGACAAGAGGAGUGACAGCGGCAUUAGGUUUGCGUUCGCAAGAGAAGUGUUGGACUGUGUAUCACAAUUCAUUCGUUGUGUUUCGCUCCCAUUUCGCGUAUGCUUUUCUUUGAGAAUAGGGAUUGAUAGACUCAGUGUAGGAUACCGGGGGCACGGGUGAGGGUCUUUUCGGUUGAGGUGAUAACUGACUUGUUAUAAGUGUGCGCCAAAGACCCCGGUAAGGUGACGUAGUCCGCAGCGAGGGUGGAUAUUUCAUGAGACAUUCAUACAGGUGCCAGGCCUGCCAUUGGAGUUUUUUAACAAUCGACAGGUGGGGCGGUUCAAGUGGCUCUGAACUUCGUGCGCUUGCACCCAAGCAUUUUGGUGCGCCUGACGAAACAUGUAUGCAAGAAAGCUGAAGACGGAAGUCUUCCUAGCUGUUAGACACUGGGCAGCCCCUGAGUUUCUGAGCAAAUCAGAGAUUGUAUGUGCUGACUAUGAGACAUGUUGCCGUUUAUACUGUUGUCGGAGGAUAGAAGUCCGCAGUUUCGGUGCUACCCGAGUACGGAGUUAGAAGUCGUGACACAGCAUGUUUCUCGCGUCUGUUGUGGCUGGCUGUGUAAGGAUGACAGUACGCACGGGGUCGAUAGGCAGACAAUGUAAAGGGAUUUUUGCCAACCAGCAGAGAUUAUCCCGUUAGGUGAGCGCUAUGGCGUUGCAAACGAGUCUCCUCACUUUCGUGGUUACAUAAAAUAGGAUGGUGGUCUGAGAGUUUGAUCACGGGACAGUCCCACGGUAGGGGUGGUGAAAGUAUUAUCCGAAUCGUGCAUAUCCGGGAUGCUAUACGGGCUGUUGACACACGCGCUGCCAACAGUCUAAACGUUUUACAACCUUCACAUAGGAAGAUAACAGUGCUUGCAGUAGCGCUUGGCGCAGCAUGGAUGAGGGGGACAAUGGAGUUGUGGGAAAUCGUGUGUUCUGUCUUGAUGAUGGUUGUCACUAUGUCAGCACGACCAGUAAUCAUGCACAGGAACUUAAACUGUCAACUUCUUGGCAUUCAGAGAGAGAACUGGAAAACUAAGGCGAGCGCUGUAGAUUCCUGUUAGUGCGAAGGUGGCUGUGAGGGCGACGAGACGGUACGUGUCAAGGCUUGUUACCGGAGGAGCCUAAGUGAGUGGGGGACGACAGCAGUCUCUACUGUGUCAAAACGCACGUUGGGGACGUAGGCGCAAGGAGGUUCGCGCUGUUCAUCCGAGUAAGUGGUCUUGCAGCGACUAACGGACUUGAGAAACACCCUCAGGUCACCCCUUGGCACAGUAUUAGGUCGCGAACGGCGCCUUCUCGCGACGGAAUCGGAGAAACAAAGUGGGCGUGCAACAAAAGUCGGCUGUUGCAUUCACCGUCGACUCGAGGGAGUUUCCAAGCCGUUAUCAGUCAACGCACGCAAGAGAAACCAACGAUAGUGAAUUUGGGUAUUAACCACCCUUGCUUCAAAAACUGUUCCAUGGCAAGAAAUUAGAAACUCUUAAGAGUAACGAACGCAGAUGAAUGGCCACUCAGUGACAGCUGCACUAUGGUCACCCGUCGUAACAGGAGCAGGGCGGAAACAGCCAGACUAGUGUCAUGUAUCUGGCACAGCAGUGUUGUUUUCAAUGAGACGCCUUACCUGCGACAGGAUGGUGUGUCUGAGCUGCAACCUGCAUAACAGAUAACAGACUGGCUGUCUUAGAGCGCUUACAGGUACGUCAUAAAGUCGACGCCCCUCCGCCAGUGGCAAGUCCAAUGACUCAGCAUUGUUUCUGCAUCGCGAUAGAUUCGUAAUAUGGCGAAAAAGAGUUCGCAUCCCUCUGUGUCCUUCCCCCCUUCCCCUGUUAGGCCACGUACUUCUGUAGCUGACACUCUAUCCAACACCAGCGGACUCCCCACAAUUUGUCAUUCAAACUCGAGUGUCUUGUAUCUGUCCCACACAAAGUGCGGCACACGGGAGAGAACACUGAACAUACGCAGCUUCUCUCUGGCGACAGCUUCCCACACCAUUAAUUGACGUUUUAGAAAAGGCCAGCUCGUCGCUGGCAGCACAAUACGUGGCGUUCGCAAUUUCAAGCUGCAGAUUAAAGUCGACGCUGUGAUAGAGGAUUGGGCACUGGACAAACAUUGGCUCUCCUUGUUAAGAUUCGCGGCAGCGGGCGACGAAAGUAUAAGUUUGCAUUACUCGAAGAGUUUACUGCCUCAUCGGAAACCAGUCCUUUGAUCAAAGGGACGGAAAAAGCCACAAUCUUCCACCACUGUUUUCUCUUACGUGAAGUACCUCAUACCGAUUCCGAGCACCCUCAAACUGGCGAUGGCUGCAACACCAGAUUUCGAGUGAUAUCUGAAAUCCAUGUAUUAAGCGUAGACUAUAACCGAUGUAAAAUACUGUUGAUGCCGCGCGACAUCGAACUCUAACACUUUUAGCUCGGUAUCUUGUCUUCAGCUUGCGCGCAUGGUCUCUACAACUUGUGCGGCCACUGCUAAAAACAAAACUGUCGAGCGCGCAUGUUGGGCAUUGCGCUUGCGUUCUUUCAAUUCUCGAACAUCACCUCAACCGCAUCGCCGGCCGUCAUUAUUCGCGUACAACAGCCGUAUGGCACUUCAGUGCGUGACACCGUUGUUGCACGAAGACGCACACAGAUGCUACCGUGCACCCAAGUUUCUGAUUGAUUCCUUUAUUGUUUCACGAAAUAUAAUCCAGCGACGAUGUGGCCCCCUCAAGGGGCGGUGUGGUGGACACAAGCGUUUGGCGCCUCUAUGCGAGAUGCCCGGUUUGUCGAUAAUUCUCCUCAGAGGUCGACACAGGAUGUGAAUGACAUUCGCGUUUGGGUCAGGAACAAUUCGUUGCACUGCCGGUAUUCAUUGUUGGAGAGAAGAGCUGUCAGAAGGGACAUUCGUUCGCGGGAGCCUUCCGCAGCGGGACAGAGACUUCCUGACACAGCAGGGCACGAGCACGGGAGACGCGCAUGUUAACAUACACGUAGUGGUGACUCAGACCGACAUUCAUGGAGUCACAACGCUAUUGCCUUUGAGGAAUAUACCACUAGAGGCAUCUCCUCCUCGAGUUUCAUACCUAGGAGCUCUUUACUUGCCACACCUACGACCCUACCGCACUGAUGGACGUCUGAGGCCACAGACAUACCUCGGCAGAGGAUAUUUGCUGCUCCCCGGUGUUUGCUUCCCUGUAUCCGACUUUUUGGCCAGAUCUGGAUUGCAUCCUUACAUUUCAAGCGAAGGUAUAUGUUACUCUCCAGAUGCUGCGGGGCGUGGUGCAACUGCAAAUUCAAGGCCUUGUCCACGUCGACGUUAGGCUUGCGAAUGUUCUUCCCGGUGAAGGAGGCAGCGUCACCGCGUUUUUGGGUUUCGCGGCUAGAGUUGGAGUUGCAGCAGCAUUCGGUUGCACUACAGUCUUUCUAGACCGACACAGGGCAAAAGGCUUGUUACUGCUGGACGGAACACGUGGUCAUGGGGAAUCAUUCUGUUCAUGCUGUGGUUGUGAUGCCUUUUAAAAUUCGGGUCUUCCGUAGCACCGUAGUACAUAACGAGGCUUAUAUCAAGAUCACAGGGGAGAAAACUACUCCACCAAGGAGCCGUGUUAAAUACACAUGCACGAAUGCCCCACCUUAUGUAAAGGAUCCCACCACCCGGCUUCUGCAGUGGAACGACGAAUAUUGGCGUCUCCCCGGUGAGGUUUCCGAGGAGUUCCUUGACGCUACACACACUGGUGUCAGCGAGUGGCCUGUUCAUUAAGUGAGCGAUCGUGCCAAUGUGUGUUGUCCAUCUCAGGGUCUGUGAUACAGUUCCCUGACGCUGAAGGAGUUGGCUUCACCAAUUCAACAACCAAGAAGUCGGGGCCUCUCACUGGACACCACAGGCUGCGCAGAAGACAGUGCAGAUGAUGGUGUGUUUUGUCAGGUAUUGCUUGCAGAGUUGCCUUCUGCGACUGAAAAAGCUCUCAAAUGAGCAGGAUGGGAUUAGUAGACCUGGGUCCAUCCUUUGUGCAUGGUGGCUGAGAGGUGGUGCGAGACUUCUGGAAUACCGUGAACACUAAGGGUCAGAGUGCUGGGAACGUUAUUUCUCUGGGAAGCGUGUGUCAUGGAUAAAGUUCAUUGUUUUCUUGCCAACAGUAUCAAGGAAUCUCCUGCGACGUUUGCUACGUGGUGCUGGACUCGUAAACGGGUCGGUUUUGUUUGCAUGAAACUGCGUCGCUGUGCUGUGUCCGAUACGGAUGUUCGGAUCAAGCAAUAAGGCACUCUACCCAGCG